AUUUUUUUACCACUAGUAGUACUGAUGCACCGUACUUUUUGAUUUGAUGAAGCAAGGUAUACGUGCUAUUACAUAAAGUACUGCUAACUGAUUUAUUUUGAAUGACUGACAGAUUUGGCUGAUAAGCUAAAAUAAACAAGGUGUUCGUCGGGUAUCAUCCACUGCUGACGAGUCGAUGAGGCUUCCUGUCCUCCCAAAAUAAUCUCGCCCCCAAACUAUCUGUCCUAGCAAACUACUGUGUCUACUAAUUUCAUCAAUCAUCAAGCUGCAGGACUGACCCACAGUCACCGGCAAAAGCUUCAUCGACGACGAGGGUGCGUGCGUUGGUGGGCGCCGGCGAUGUCGUCGUCUGCGCGCAACACGACGAAGCUGAAGACGGCGUGCGUGACCGGAGGAAAUGGCUACAUCGGCUCCGCGCUCAUUAAGAUGCUGCUGGAGGAAGGCUACGCCGUGAAGACGACGGUCAGGAACCCCGAUGACAUGGAGAAGAACUCCCAUCUCAAGGGCUUGCAGGAGCUUGGACCGCUGACGGUCCUCCGCGCCGACAUGGACGAAGAAGGCAGCUUGGACGACGCCGUUGCCGGCUGCGAUUACGCCUUCCUCGUUGCCGCCCCGGUGAACCUCUGGGCGCAGGAUCCAGAGAAACAGCAGAUCGAGCCGUCUGUCCGAGGAACGCUGAACGCAGUGAGGUCGUGCGUGAAGGCCGGGACGGUGCGGCGCGUGAUCCUGACCUCGUCGGCGGCCGGAGUCUACAUCAGGCCGGACCUGCAAGGCGACGGGCACGCGCUGGACGAGGACUCCUGGUCCGACGUCGACUUCCUCAGAGCAAACAAGCCGCCGACCUGGGGAUACUGCGUGUCGAAGGUGCUCCUGGAGAAGGCGGCGUGCAGGUUCGCGGAGGAGCACGGCAUCAGCCUCGUCACCGUCUGCCCCGUCCUCACCGUCGGCGCCGCGCCGGCACCCAAGGUCCGCACCAGCAUCGUCGACAGCCUCUCCAUGCUGUCUGGCGACGAGGCCGGGCUCGCCGUGCUCAGAGGCAUCGAGACGACCUCCGGCGCUCUGCAGCUGGUCCACAUCGACGACCUCUGCCGCGCCGAGCUGUUCCUGGCAGAGGAGGCGGCGGCCGGCGGGAGGUACAUCUGCUGCAGCCUCAACACGACCGUCGUCGAGCUCGCGCGUUUCCUGGCACACAAGUACCCGCAGUACCGCGUGAAGACAAAUUUCGACGACGAUGAGCAUCUCCUGGAGAGGCCGAGAGUGAUCAUGUCGUCGGAGAAGCUGGUCCGGGAAGGGUUUGAGUACAGGCACAACACGCUGGAUGAGAUAUACGACAACGUGGUCGAGUACGGCAAGGCAUUAGGAAUUCUGCCCUACUGAUUUAAACUAGUACAAGCCAUGUCAGUAAUAAUUCAAGCUCGAGUUUGAAAUGUCUCUCUUCCACAGAUCGACAUUAGCAGAUUUUUAUUUCCAGAUCGCUGGUCGUCAUGCAUGCAUGACUGCUGGCGCGACCAGGUGUGCCAGAGCCUGAGAAGUGGUUUGAUGACCCAAUGUGAAAUUGCAAUUUGCUACAAAAGACUCGUAUAUUGUACUCGAUCAUAUCCUACAAGAGUUGAGUUUCGUCGUCUCCA